GAGUAAACUUUCGUACAUUGUAUCCUCUGAAAAUCUCAUCUUUUGGGAUCACAUAUUAUGAGUAUCAUGUAAACAGUGAUUAUGUUUAUUAAAAAUACACGUAUAAGAAUUUAUAUAAUCAAUAAUGUUUCUUUGAAUUGAUAUUAAGAUAAACAGAUAGAAAAAUUUAUCAAAUGAUCAUAGAUACUUUUGUUUUUUCUUGUUUGAAUUUAAUAGAAUGUCCACAUGUCAAGACGUACUAUAAAUAACUUUGGUCCUAAUUUUCUCUAUUUUGUGAAUUUUGAUCAAAACAUCAAAAAUUUGCACUUCUGGACUAAACUUACUUGGAUUUCUUAAAGCGGGUCGGGCGGCCCGAAUUCGAGUUUUUUUUUUUUGUCAGUUAGGACAAUUUUCUCAAAUUAAUUCAACCUCUUUGGUUCAAAAUUAGGGCUGAGAAGAAAAGGGCCGUUGAUUUUGAAUAGCAAACGAAUUUGAGCUUUGGGAAUCAUCGUCUUCUCGUUGCAUUCAAUCCAUACGUAUCAUCUGUUGCAGCCAUGACUGAGUUUUGGGUUAGCCAAGGAAAUAAAUGGUGUGAUUUCUGCAAAAUCUUCAUAUCGAACAAUCCUUCAAGCAUUAGGAACCAUGAACUUGGUACGCGUCAUAAGGAAAAUGUGGCAAGUAGGCUCAACACAAUGCGACAGGAGAAAGCUACAAAAGACAAAGAGUUAAAAGAAGCAGCCCGUGCGCUGGAGCAAAUUGAAGCAAAAGCGCAACGCAGCUAUCAGAAGGAUAUGGAUCGGUUUAAAGAGGCCAGAAGUACUAAUGGAUCUGCUGUAUCAGAAGAGUGGGAGUAUGACAGCUCAUCCAGCUACUAUUACAAUCAAAGUAAUGGAUGUUACUAUGAUCCUAACUCCGGCUUCUAUUAUACAGAUGCUUUAGGCAGGUGGGUAACACAGGAAGAGGCACUUGCUGCAACUCAAGUUUCUUCAACGUCCAUUUCAAAGAAACCUUUAGCGAAAGCACCUGUAUCAACAAUGGGUGCUGGAUCUUCAGAAAAUAAAACCAAAGAAUCUCCUCAAAAUGGUCCUCCACUGGGGCAUGUUGUUUCAACUCCUCCAAAUCCCAUGAGAUCUGUCAAAGGUAAACCUUCUUCAUUGAUGGUUAACAAAAGAAAAAGGGAGAAUGAGAAGCCGAAAGCCGUCACUGAGGAGGAAGCAGCAGCACGCAAGGCCAGGGAGGCUGCAAGGAAGAGAGUUGAAGAGAGAGAGAAAUCACUGCUUGGUCUUUAUAAGCAUUGAUUUGUUUAUGGUUUAGAAACAUUUUCUUGCUGAAAGGAGGAGUAUUUGAUGAGGUGAUACCAAACAAGUAUGGUGAGGAUUAUUCAAUGGCAUUUACAACAUUCAAUUAUCCAAAAUUCAUCUUCAUCCUAAACAAUGUUAGGCUGAUAAGGUGAUAUUCUAACUGAUUUGCGAGUUGCCGACUGACGGUAAAUUAAAUUAAAUCCCUUACACGGAGAGUCUAUGCUAGGCAUGCAGCCUAAUCUAUUUAUCUGUUUCCAGCCAGUGAGCUGCCAUUAGCAUCGUGAAGUUGUAUGUUUGUUGUAUCAUGUGCGGUUUAUCCAAAGUAAAACGUUUUAACUUGUGCUGCUUUAUACCAGUAAAUGUGUCUCUUUUUUGCUCAAAGUUGUAAGAGUAUAUUGCAGAUGAAUAUAUUUGGUUCUUAUUAUUUCCAUUCUGUGACUUUCAAGAUCAA